AUGACCAGAGUAUAUCAUCCGCGUGCGCAACAGCCGCCCCAGCGCGGCAGUACGCUUGAUCAGUCGCGAGCCGCCGUCAAGAAGAAGAAGCCGUACAAGAUCGUGCUAGAAGCGGUAACCCAAGAGAAGAAGAAGCUACAUUCCAUUCUGACAUAUGCGUCGAACGCCCCCACUGGCUUCGGUUUCAUCCCAGCUGGACACCCCGAAUUCACAGAAUGGUGCAAAGAGCAGUGUCGACAGCGCAACCUUGACGUACACAUCGUCUCUGCCAAGCCGAAGAACAAAACCCACUCCGAUCCCGAGAAGCUAUCCCACCACGUCCACCGAGUCGGACACCACUUUCCUCUCACCAUCAUCGAACUUGCCUGCAACAAGUUCGGAUAUCUCUACGAUGAGAGACGCGGCCUGCGGAAGGACAAAGAAGGUGACAGAACCAACUGGAUAGCCCAAGAGUUUGAAGACUACUCUUCGCGGCAAGUACAACGAGGGCAUCCCGCCACUGAGAAGGAGACCAAGGGUUACAUCCACGGCGCCGUUCGCGAGAUGUUUCCCAAGAUACCAGAGGCAGAUCUACAAGCCAUUGUUUCUCAUGCGUUUGAGGAGGGAACUAACCGGGUAGGUAAUGCUAAGGAGCUUUCGUUGGCUCGUAGGGUGCAACUCGCAGUUGUCGCGCAUAUCCGCCACACAUACACAGACUACGAUAAGCUGCUCAAGACUGACGGCUGGUCGGAAGCCCGUGGCCAGGUCGAGAAAGUCUCUCUUGCGAAACUCAAAGAGUGGCGAGAUGAAGACGGAAAGCAAAGCAACGAACUUGAGGAAACCUUCCGUGAAGUCAUUGUUCUUGACGAUGAUGAUGAAGCUAGCAGCGAUGAAGGCUCCAUGGCCACGCCUGAUGAGCGCGAGCAAAGCAUGGAAAUUGUUUCUAGUCGUGCUACUGCGCGCGAUCUACAGCCGGAACUACAUGCUAACUACCCGAGUGGGGAUGUCCGCAACAUGAGACCUUCAUCAAGAAGAACCAUUGUCCUUCCGCGCUAUGCUCCUCCUCCACCGCCACCUGUAUUAUCUGGCACCUCACGUUUCCAGUCACCUAUGCAGCAGCCUUUCCAAUCAGUGCGAACGAGGACAAACGAUCCGUAA